CCAAGAUGGCAAGAACGGAGAUAUUCCGUGCUGUGAGAGGACAGGCAGUGACUCAAUUGGUCCGAGUUUGUCCUGAUGCACCACCGAUGAACGGUGUAUUACGGGGUCAGAUCUACGUGCAGAAUUUGCCGUGUUCGGUGGUUGCACAUGCAUUGGAUCCGCAAGAGGGCGAUGUGAUUCUAGACAUGUGUGCAGCGCCCGGAGGAAAAACUUCCCACGUGGCUACUUUGAUGCGAAAUAAAGGCGCACUAAUAGCUUGCGAUCGCUCGAAGCGGAAAGCACUGGAGCUACGUACAUUGUGCGAAGAUCUUCAACUCGAGUGUGUCGUACCGCUUAAGAUGGAUUCAACACAUGCUGUGCUACCUAAAGAGAAGGUCGACACAAUGCUGGCUGCCACGCAAGAAAAGGACUUCACGAGUGUGGCGCAGGUUGUAGCUCGCGCAAAGGGAGAACACUCCAGGCCAAGCGCGCUUGUUGCAGCGCUAGGCUUGCGUCCACGGUUGCUUCACGCUAGUGAUACGGACAACUUGGACGAGUUUGUCAAGAUGCAGCGCAACUUUUUGUGGGUUGCAGCAUUCCUACUUAAACCUGGCGGCACGCUCGUGUACUCGACAUGCACGAUCAAUCCGAAAGAGAACGAGCAGAUGGUGCAUCACGCGCUCGAAAAUUAUCCGCUGAAACUUGUUUCUCAAGGCAAAGCUCACCUCGGCGACCGCGGGCUGCCAGGUCAGGGCCUCAACGAGCACGAAGCGUCCCUCGUACAACGCUUUGACCCAUCGAACAUUGAGCUAGAUACCAUGGGCUUCUUUUGCGCCAAGUUCCUCAAGACAGGACCUAUCCGACAGGAGUAG